AUGGAACGACGGAGAGCGGAUACCCUCAGUGCGCCGGAUCGCAAGAGAUCGAGGCUAGCUCUCUCAGACGGCGAGCCAUCAUCAUCAUCAUCAUCGUCAUCGUCAACUUCCAGGGCAGGCUCAUCCUUCACGACACCCAUUGACCUCACCUCGUCCCCCCCAUCGCCUCCCCGACAACCAUCACGCCCGCGUGCACCCCCGCGUCCCCCGAGCCAAAGCCAAAGCCAAUGGCCCCCCAGCGACGGAACGGAUUACAUGGAAUACGUGCGUCCGCGAUGGCAGCCAGACGAUGAAGUGGAUGAGUGUCCAAUUUGUGAGGUGCCAUUUAGUUUCUGGUACCGCAAGCAUCAUUGUCGGAAAUGCGGGCGCGUGGUGUGUGCGUCGUGCUCGCCGCACCGGAUUACGAUUCCUAGACAGUAUAUUGUUCGGCCGCCGGCUAUGCAUCGGCCGUCUGUGCCUGCGACGUUUGUGCCUAUUCGUGUGGCUGAUGGGGGUGGCGAUAGAGACGGGGAUAGGAAUGGAGAUGGGCAUACUGCUGCUGGUGCUGGUGUUGGUGGUAGUGAGGGCGAGGCUGUUUCGCCUGCGGCGAUCAAUCCAGCGCUGGGAGGAGGCGAGGAGGUGCGGUUGUGUAAUCCGUGCGUGCCGGAUCCGAACCCUGAACCGCCGCGCGUGUUUGUGCAGCCGAAUCCGCCGCGCCAUCGCUCGUAUCAUUCGAUGUCUGUGCCAAGACAGCGGUCGUCGUAUGGCGUUGGCGUUGGAGUUGGCAUACCCGCUGGUGAAAGUUCCUCGCGCCCGGGGCGGAGGACUGUCGGGUCCAACGACUACCCAUGUUUCGGUGGAUUAGGGAAUCUCUUCGGUGGAAGUGGCAGUUACCAAGAACGACCGCCGCGGUUUGGUUCCUUGCCCAGUAGUUCCCAACAGCGUCUCCCAUCUAUCCGUGAUAGCAGCCGUCCACCCCGUCCGCGCCGCCAAAUCAGCGAACGCGACAUAUGCCCAAUCUGCAACUCCCAAUUCCCACCGCUGAGCGAGGGCAGCGAAGAAGCCCGCGAAGCACAUAUUCGCGAUUGCAUCGAGAAUCAUGGUCCGCGGGCGCGAUCAUCCUCUCUGGCUGCUAGCGGUAAUGCCAAUGGCGCCGGCACCGGCACCGGGCGUACGGGUCCGGGUCCGAUCAUACAACCCCAAUUACCCGUGCGAAUGGUCGCGUUCACCGCGACAGAGAAGGAUUGUCUAGGCCAUGAUACCGAGGCACAGGAGUGCACGAUCUGCAUGGAGGAAUAUGAAGUUGGACAGCCGCUGGUGAGGCUGGAGUGUUUGUGCAAGUUCCAUAAGAGGUGUAUUGUGGAGUGGUUUGAGAGGAAGAAGGAGUGCCCGGUGCAUAAGUCUUGA